UGGAAAGACUCACCUCCCCACCUGCUCCUCCUUCUCCAAAGUGAGUCAUCACAAACAGAAAUCAGACGUGCACUACUCGUUUUACACAGUGGAGAAAAGAAACCUGCCUUUGGAAACGGCACUGUGACUGAUGCCUGUCUCACCUGUCUCAAGCUUGUGAUUUGCCAAGUGAUUUUGGGUAGAUGGAGUCGACACGACCAUCUGUAAAAUGGUUUACAGAAACACAAUCAGACUGGUUUCUUCAAAAAGGGAUUCCCGAGUGGUUUCAUGGCAUCAUUACAAGAAAGUUCCCGAUAAUCAAACGAUGAUCCUGGCACCCACUCAUGGGUCCGAGGCGAAGCUACUCAUCUCAAAAUUAAGUGAUGCAGAAGAUUUACUAAAAAAUAAGAUUCCUGGGUGCUUUCUCAUAAGAGUCGGUGAAAGUCGAAUUGGAUACAGUUUGUCUUACAAAUCUCCAGACCGGUGCAGACAUUUUAUGAUUGAUGUACUAAAUGGCCAAAAUUGCAAUAUGGCUGGAGAUUUAAGAAUUCACGGGACACUAGAAGAUUUAGUGAAGUUUUAUUCAAUGAAUCCUAUUUGUCCAUACAACGAACUUUUAACACAUCCUUGUGGGCAGAAAACAAACGCUACUGCCGAUUAUCAAGAAUUAUUUCGGCACUAUGACAAUCAGGUUGCAAACGUAGAAUCAGCUGACAAUGAUGAGCGCUACAUCGCUUUUCCAAUAUCUGAAGCAAAUCUGAACUCCAGAGGGGCAGCGGAACCACCAGGAAAUGCACCGGAGCAGGCAUGCCCACCUGUGCCACCCAGAAGAUUAAAGGCUUCAGGCAGCCACCCAGAAUUACCUCACUUGCCAUCUCCCAUGCCAUAUGAUUUAGUUUAUGUGACACCAAGUAAGAAUGGUCAUGGCCACAUACCUUUGAAGUCGGGCAGUGCGGAUUCGCUAGUUCUCCAAACCAGAAGAAAUGAUUCAGCCACAGCCCACAAUGGAGCAGAUACAUGUUUUGAACAGAACAAAAGCUGUGCAAUCGGUGGAGACCAACAAACCAACGCAUUGCCUAAGCCAGUCAAAGGCCAGCGCAACGUAAUGAAAAAGGCAGUGGCACUGGUGACUGAUGGACAGAUUGCACAAGAAGUCAAGUCACUAGAAAAUGUAGUGGCAACGCGUAUGAAAAAUCUAAAAGUCAAUUUGGGAUUCUCAGGGCAAACUGAACUGCAAAAUGUGAACAAAAAUAUUAAGCAAAACUCAAGAAGUAUCAUUCAAGAGGAAUAUAAAAAGCCUCCACCUUUUGCUCCAGGAUUCAACUGAAUAGACGUUUUUACAAGAUACAAGCUCAGACUUUUAUAAUAGGUUUUAAAGGAAUUGUUCAGUGGUGUAAAAAUAAAAACUGGGUAAAUAGAUGGGCUGUGCAAAAUAUAAUAUGUUUCUUAUAUAGUUAGCUAGCCAAAAAUGUAAUGUAUAAAAGCUGGAGUGACUGGAUGUCUAACAU